CUGACGAUGUAAACAAGAAAAGACAGUCGAGGGCAACAGGGAUCAAACAGGCCGGUGUCACCGCAAAUGAUAGCCAUUAUAUGCUCCUAAGCGGCGGACAUGGGGCUCCCUGUUACUAUUAAAGUCAAUUUUCGGGGGAAUGUGAAGAGAUUUCUGGCUCAGGAUUUGGACAAAUUGGAGUGGGACUCGGUGGAAGCUUGGAUUAAGGCAUCAUUCGGAAUCAACCACUUUCAAGUAAAGUACUUUGAUGAGGAUAAUGAAGAGAUUUGCAUAAACAGUCAAGAUGAAUAUGAAGAAGCCAUCAAGAGCGCAGAGAAGCAGGGGAACCAGUUGCACAUGAACGUGUACAAGAUGAAAGGCCAGGCUUGUGGAGGCCCGCUGAAGACAGAGGUGAAGGAGCUGAAAGGAGACCUCCGACCCGCUCCUCCUUAUCCAUCCAGGGUCAAGACAGUGGACAAGGGCACACAGGUCACCCCCGAGCGAGAAGCUGUCACUGUAAAGGACAGCAAAGGGAGCAAACCAGAAGAUCCUCCCAUGUGGUUUAGAUCAUACAUGGAGAAGUUUAAAGAUGAGGUGGUGAAAGAGGUAGUGGAAAGGAUGUGCAAUGACUUUUCUGGCCAGUGCUGUACCCACAAAUCUCCUGAUGGGCCCGGUGAGGUCAGUGAGGCCAGUGGGGCUAGUGGUGGUCCCAUAGGGCCCAGGCCAGGUCCCUCCACCUCAAAUGGAUCACUUGGCUACACCCCAAACUGCAGCAGCUGCAACAAACUCACCUCUGAAGGGGCCUACAAAUGCAGUGUAUGCCCGUCCUGCAUCCUGUGUGAGAUGUGCAGACAUAGCCAUGACCCCAGCCACAACCUCGUGAGAACCAAGACACCUCUGUCCAUCCCUGAGCAUGGAAUGUCGGGAGAAUUAAGGUUCCCAAGGCGAGGAGACAGGACAGUGCGCAAGGCCGAGCGACAGCGCCUCAAAGCAGAAAGGAGGCAGCUAAGAGCCGAAGUGAAGGAAAUCAAGAAGAAACUGAGACUGGAGAAGAGGGGGCUGCAGUGGAGUGGGCCCUCUACCUCAGGCAGAGCCAACCUGACUAACAUGGCCUCCGCCUCCACCCAGGUCCCAGCCCUGCCCCCCCCUGCUGCUUCUGAAACAGCCUCAGGUCCAACCCCAGCCCAAGGUCCCAUCCCUGCCCCGGCCCCUGAUCCCCAGGCCUCCAGUCCAGAGGGUCCCGGGGUCUCGCACACGUCCUUGGUGCCCACUAUGGCUGCCUUGUUUCUGGAUGAAAAUCUGCCUGACGGCACCCGUCUGGAGCCUGGUACCAAGUUCAUCAAAUACUGGAAGAUGAGGAACUCGGGCACUAUCAGCUGGACCUCAGAGACUAAGCUAGUGUUCAUGUGGGGAAACCUCGGCCUGGCGUCAGAGGAGAAGAGGGAGGUGCCAGUCCCCUUGCUGCUGCCCGGACAAGUGGGCGUGGUCAGUGUGGCCUUUGUCGCUCCCGUGAUGGAGGGGACGUACACCUCCCACUGGCGGCUGGCGCACUGCGGGUGUCAGUUUGGCCCGCGUGUCUGGUGCAGCAUCGUGGUCGACCCCGGCGACAGCCGCAACGCACUCGAACAUCAGAGCAAACGACUGAAGGAGCAGUUGAGGCCAGUGGAAAAGGAGAGGGCGAUAAGGUCCAAGGACAGCAGCACUAUAUUGUCAGUGGACCUCAGCCAUGAAGACUACUACUUUCCCUCAGUCGACCUGCUGACUGCACAGGAUCUAUUGUCAUUUGAGUUGCUGGAUAUAAAUAUUGUGCAAGAGUUGGAGAAGGUUCCUAACAACACGCCUGUCGAUUUGACACCCUGCAUAUCGCCUCUGCCCCACGAUGCCCCUGUGUUGGAGAAGCCGGCCAUCACUUCACAGAUAAAAGAUGACAUAGAGGUUACAGGGGUCAGAAAACUUUUUGGAGUGAAGCUGAGGCACCAGAGGGAGCUGUUGGAGCCGGUGGCCCUGGAGGAGGAGAGGGAGGAGGAGAUCAGUGGAGCCCAGUUCCUCUGUGAGACGGUCAUCCGCUCCCUCACCCUGGAGGAAGCUCCCGACCACAGACCCCUGCGCAGAGCCCAGCACAGCAGCCACAAAACACAGGUUGUUUCUCGGGGCCCCAGCUUUUGCCUGGAGAGAGCUGCGGUGACUGAGAAGACGGAGAAGGUGCAGGAAGGAAAUGAGGAGAUCUGUGCCAUCAGAGUUGAGAGUUUAGCUCCACCUCCAAGCACCGGUCUCAACCAGAUCAGCCAGGAGACAAAACCAGCUCCUCCGCCAGAACCAGAGAUUGAAAACCUGCACAUCAGUUCCAGUUCACAUCAUGAUAACGAGGACGAAGAGGUCGUGGUCUUGGAUGAAAUGCAAAACGUGAAGGAUACUCAAAAAGAGAAAGAGAGUGGAACCAAAGGAGAAGACUGGGAUGAGGUCAGCAGCCAGACCUCCUCAGUCUCCUCCUGCGACGAUUACAUCAUUGUCCUCCCAGACUGCUUUGACACCAGUCGUCCUCUGGGGGAGUCCAUGUACAGCUCUGCCAUGUCGCAGCCUGACACUGAUGUCGCCGUGACCUCAGCAAACCCAGACGAACAGCAGGAGGAAGAGGAAGACUCCGACACCGAGCCGGGCGGGGCGGCACCACCGAUAGAGAGGCGGGAGCAGACGGAGGUGGUCGCUGCCGAGAAUACCUCAUUAAAAACUUGGUCUCCACCUGUCCCUCCCAUCCACAGCAGUGUGAAUCAGAUGCUGUGUGCUUCCCAAACCCUGGACGCUGUGACUCUCACUCCUGAAGUGGUGCCGCCACCAGUCCUGCCUGACCCCAUGCUGCCCCCGCCGACCCUCUACUCACCCAGGUCUGAGGCACUGUACCUGGCUGAAGACCCCAGUCCUCCGGUCUGUGAAACCUAUGAGCCACACCAACCAAGGGUCCACUUAAAUGUAUCAUCUGGUCUGUCGAGAUCUGCAGGCUCAGCAUCCAGUGCCUUUGAGACAUAUAACCCCAGACCCAGCAACGCGCUGCAGCCAAGGGGCCAAGGAGGCAUCACCGAAGGAUUUGUCAAGGGGGCCCUUUCUGUGGCAGCAUCCGCUUAUAAGGCUCUCUUCACUGGACCAAACUGUACAAUACAGCGAGGCAUCGACCCAGCCACCAGGCAGGACCCUUCCCUGAUGGCAAUGCUGCUGGAGAUGGGCUUCAGAGACCAGCGGCUCAACCAGCGGCUGCUGAGGAAGCACGGCUACAGCCUGCUGCACACCGUCAACGAGCUGGUGCAGAUGGCCGAGGAUCGCCAGAACAAAGCUGUCGAUACUCAACACUGAGGGAAAGAAAGCUGUGAGAGGGCUACUGUGAGGCUGUAAAAGGAAGUAACUGAUUUGACCCUUUUUAAACAUAAUGUAAAGAGAAUAUAUUUCGAUUAUGACCUGUGUGUCGCUCAGCCUUUCCAGUGUCAGGAUUUAUUUUGAGUUAUUAAAAGUAGAGUCAAAGAAAACCUAUUUAUGAUUAAUGCAAUUGAUUUUUUCAAAGGUUGGAUUGUUAAUUUGGACCAAGAGUAAAGCUAAUAGAAGAACAAUAUCACUUGAAAUAUAAAAAAACAUGGAACAAAAAUGAUAGAGGAGCAUUUAUUUUUCAUUCUCGGACACUGUCGAUUUAGAGACAAAGAAGCAUUUAUGUACAGCUUCUCCUGCCUUUGCCUUUAAUUUAGAUUAACCAUAUAAACACUUGUAGAUUAUAAUGGAUUGUGGUUAACCUUUGCCAUGCCUUGUUUACCUGGGCAAUAGAGCUUUAUGUGUUGGUCAAAAAGGAGAAGGAGCCGUACUUUUGACUGGACAAAAGUGUGUAAUUUCAGCUCUUCAUCUUAGUGUUCGUAUGGCUGUCGUAGCUGCUUCCUCUGGCUCUGAAAAGUAAUUUGUCUUUUGACAGGGCUUGGCUAGAUUAUAUCUCACAUGUAGAACAGUGAAGAUGAAUAUUGUUGAAUGUCAUAAAAAGAUAAAAAUGUUCUGAAAAGCCGGCUGUCAUUUAAGGUGAUUUUACUGAAGCUACAUGGGUAUUCUGGGUGUUAAGGGUCAGCAGUGCAGUAGUAGGAACAACAAACAGAUAUGUAAGACUUUUUCUCGAUUUAUCGUAGUGAAAUCUGCCUAAACAAUGCAAUCUUUUUCUGUAUCAGAGUACUGUUAUUUUAGACGUUGACAUGUGGAAUGUAUACAAAAACCGUCUGGAGCGGAUCACCGUUCAGACACAGAUGUUUUCUACUGCUUUUUAGGAGACACCUGCAUGACAGGUAGAGGCUUAGAGAUGAGUCGUGUUCUCGUGGUCUUAGCACAGUCACAGUGGGGAAAAAAAAAAAAAAAUUAAAAAAAUAAAUAAAAAUCCGCUUCGCAUCAUCUUUUAACACCCUCUGCCUGCAUUUUCACGUGUCCUCAUCCAACCACCAACCGAAACUUUAGCAACUGUCAUUUAGCACUAAUCCAAACUGAGAUGUCUCUAACAACACAUUCCUCAAUCUCUUAGUGGAACCAAGUAUAUUGAAUUUCAUUUCAUUGCCUUUUAUCAAACAUGAUUAUUAGUUUACUGAUGCAUACAUAUGGUGAUUUGACAUUGUUUGUGGUGUGUGCGGGUUUAAGUUAAUGUACGUCUGUUUUCUUUUUUUGACUUGUUCCUCCUUUGUGUGUUUGUGUGUGUGUGUGGUUGGGUUUUUUUUUGAACCUUAUUUUCUUAUGUUGAUGAUUGUCCAUGUUUUAAAGUAUCAUACUCUAGAGAAUAAUUCUGAAUAUAUCUACUGUGCUUGUCAAAUUAUUCUUCUGCCACAGAGUGUAUACAUUUAAAAACCCUUCUACUGUCAAUCCGCCAAUAAACUAUUUGCACAUC